AUGCCAAACUCAUCCGAGACACUGGCCCAUACCAAUCGGAAAUACUGGGAUGUUGCUUCUCGAGACUGCCACCGUGCCCAAUGGGUCAAUGACCUGCAAGCCCAGAUCGGCACCUUCUUGACAGCCCCAAGCUCGUCCACUUGGCUUGGCCUCCCGGCCACCGGUGAGCCUCAAUCGAAGAUGCUGGACUAUGCUUGUGGCGACGGUCUUCCUUCUCGCACCCUAAAACCUCAUUUCAAAACAUGCAUCGGCGUCGAUGUCUCCGCUGGUAUGCUGGCCAAGUACAACGAAUCAGCGGCUCAUCUCGGCCUGGGCCCAGAUGAGAUGAUUGCCGUGCGUGGAGACCUAUUCGCGGAUCCUGUCGAACCAACCGAUCCUCCACUGCCUGAGGAACGUCUACAGGACUUCGAUCUGGUGGCAAUAUGCAUGGCACUCCACCACAUGGAGGACAUCCAGCUGGCGAUUUCGAAGCUGGCACAGAGACUGCGACCGGGCGGAACGCUUCUGGUGAUUGACUGGGCGCGGAUUGAUGGCGCUACGCCGGCGCAGAAGGAGUUCAUGGAAGAUGUAAGAACUGGAAAGAUUCCUACCAAGGGCAUGCAGGAGAACGGACACGGCCACGGCCAUCGCCACAACCAUAAUGAUCAGACAAAGCAACAUCAACAUGUUGACCCCAAGGAGCCUUGGAAACCUCAUCCCGCAAGCCACACAAUUACUCACGAUAGUUUUACACAGGACACAGUCUUCGAAUUGUUCAGCAACGCGGGUUGCACUGAAGCUCGGUGGAAACUAGCUGAUAAGCUAAGUGAUGUUCCGGGAGCAAGGACUGGGAAGAUGCAGUUGUUCUGGGCGAGAGCUACAAAGAAAUAG